UUAGAGCUGUGUGUAGUUGUCCAUCCCGACUCAUCCGCACGUCAACGACGACGGCGAUGCUGGUCUUGCUUUCGUUAUUGCUCAUGGGCGAUGGACGACCGGUCGGCAGCGGGUCGUCUUUCUCGCAGUGGUCGGCGCUCUUUGUCGGUUCUCGAGCAGGACAAGGACGUCACCACGGAAUUCGAGAAGAGAAGAGAGUACUUCAAUCGGCCAACAGUUGUGUUGGUUUGAAGAUUCUCAACGACUCCCUUGUGUCUUGCACUACCCUCAUCAAGUAUGAGGUCACAGCCCCGUUCGUGAAAGCUUCCAACGAGACGGCUAUGGAGUGCCUGGCGGUGGCGCGCAACAUCGUCUUGCACCCGAAAGGCACACAGUUCUUUUACAUCCUCGAUCAGGUCUGCUCGACGGAGAGCAGAAGCAGGCGGCGAUUGUCGUUGUACGAGUCAGAGUUGGGCACGCAAGUUGUGGAGGGUAGGCUGAUAACCACCUGGUGGCCCGGGUCUGAUGGGCCGGGAUCCCGUCUGCUCAACUUCACGUGCCUGGACUCCGGCUGCACGAAGCUCAUGAACCUCGUGACGGGGAUGGCUGUCUCGAUGUCGGGAUCGCAAUUGAUCUUGUCGGGAUACUACGAUUCGACUCCGCCGCGAUCCUGGCUGACCACCCUCAGUACGGAGACCGGGGAAAGGGUUUCCGUCCCGCUGCUGAACGUGGAAUUCGCCGGCGGCAUCGCGAUCAAUCCCAACCUGACGAAGCUAGUCGUCACCAAUGGCUUGGUGCCUCCUUGGCGGAUCUUCUCUCUUCCCCUUUCCCUCGAUGAGAACGGAGAUCUACGGCAGCAGCAGGGAUCCUCCUAUUUCUCACCCUCCGCUUUCUUCUGGUUCGAUCACUUUCUCGAGUGGGAGACGGCAUCCAUUUACUUUGGACCUUACAGUUUUCCUAGCGAUGGCAGGUGCUUGUACUUCGUCGAUCGCAAUCCCGGCGGCAGCGUCUGGGCACUCAAUCGUUCGUCGAAUGUGGUCAAUCUUGUCGCGGGAAGGGGAUUAACCCCCAACCCUUCGCCGCAGAUAGCACGGAGCAGUACUAGUAAUUACAGCAGCAGCAGCGCAACCGGUAGCAGUAGUAGUAGCAAGAUAGAGAUGUCGAAUGCUUUGAACGUGUCGUUCGGAAAGCUGUACGACCUCGCCGUGACGGAGGACGGUCUGAUGAUCUUCGUCUCGGAGAGAGACACAGGUCUUGUGAAGCUCAUUGAGCUCGACGCUCCAUGUGGAGGAGGGCGCAGAGUCACCGAGAUCACUAAGUACCUGCUCCGCCCUGGAUCCGGCUUGAAUGGGUUGGCCAUUCGAAAUGACCGCGGGCGUCUUGCCCUCCUUACAGGUACGGAUGACGGACAAGUGUUCCAUCUCAGCAUCAACAGGUCAGCUCUCGAGCUCAGCAAUUUGGGAACCUUCUCAGACCCCCUUUCUCCAAACCCUAACCCCGACAUUCGAUCCACUUUCUCCGCCUCUCCUCCUUCUCGCCCUUCUUCCACGCCAGAUGGAAAAGACUCGAGCAUCCGUCGAUAUGUAACCGUAGGCGGCGCUGUUUUCUUAUUUGUAUGUUUGGUGGGUCUUGUUUAUUAUUUAUGGCGACAGCACGCCCAAGCGGUCCUUAUGCGCUAUUAUGACACACUCACCGGACUCAGAAAGUUUCGUUUGGAGACCUUAAUUUCAGCGACGAACGAUUUCCACAAAGAUCGGCAACUUGGACGUGCUGGAGGCUUCGGCACGGUCUACUGGGGAUCCCUGUCGGGCGAGGAUGACCGUGCGGGUGAGGUGUCGGUGGCGGUGAAGGACAUGGAACUGCCGCUGAAGAACAAAAAGGAAAAGCAAUUUAAAGCAGAGGUUAGCAUUCUCAGUCAGGUACAUCACCCCAACAUUUGCAAACUGAAUGGCUUCUGCGUAGCAGAGAGUCGUCGCAUUUUAGUAUACGAGUACAAGGAGGGAGGGAGCUUAUAUGAUAGACUAUCUGUAGGACGUGAAGAUCGACGGAAGAAAGACAAGAACGACAAGAGGGAAGAGCGAGAAGAGGGAGUAGUAGUAGAAGGAGGAGGAGGAAGAGGAAAAGCCGGAUUGGAAGAAAUACAUCAGGUAGGAGGAGGAGGAGAAGGAGGAGGAGGAGGAGGAGGAGGUGGAGACGCCGUGAACAGACGUCGCUCGCCGCUUACUCUGGAAGAGCGUGUUGUGGUUGCCCUACAGAUUGCCACGGCUCUUCGUUACCUUCAUGACGAGGCUAAUCMGCAUAUUAUUCAUGGGGAUGUAAAGAGCCGAAACGUGUUGUUGGAAGGAGGAAGUGGGAGAGAGUUGAAGGCAUGCCUAGCGGAUUUCGGUUUGGCCAGAGUGCUCGACGAUAGUCUGCUAACGAAAGCCAAGACUGUACGGCAUUACCUGUUGUACGGAACGCCUGGCUACUUGGCGCCCGAGUACCUGGGGCGGGGAAAGCUGUCAAGGAAGAUCGACGUCUACGGCUUUGGAGUUCUGGUGUUGGAAUUGCUCACGGGGAGACCUGCGGUAAUUCACGGCCGACGCCUUGUUGAUGACCAGAGGAACCACUUAGACCGUCCGGAUGAAGUCGAUAUGGAGGAGGUUGUUGAUCCUUCUAUUCGAGGGGAAUUAAACCAUCCUGUGAUGACCAAAAUCGCAAGAGAUAUGCUACGCGUUGCUUCCUGUUGUGUGAUCGAGAACGAGAAAGAAAGGCCAGACAUCAAAGACGUGACUCUGGCCAUAGAGAGGAUUAUUGAGGAUAUUUAAAAAAAAAAAAAAAAAACUGCCAGGACUCAUGGAUACACGUUUUCUUAGUUGCCGUUGUUGGCUUUGGAC